AUGUCAUCAGCAGCAGCAAAAGCAACAACCACAGUUCCCUCCAGCCCGCCCGUCUGCACCCUUUCCUCCCUUGAUCACCUCGUCCUAACAGUGCAAUCCAUCCCAGCCAGCAUCGAGUUCUACACCAGAAUUUUGGGCAUGGCCCAUCAGUCAUUCACAUCAGCUGCAGACCCCAACAGCACGCCACGCCAUGCUCUAUUGUUUGGCAGUCAAAAGAUUAACCUGCACCAGGCCGGCAAGGAAUUUGAGCCCAAGGCCGGGACUGCCUUGCCCGGUACGGCGGAUUUGUGCUUUUUGACUGAAGAGGAUGUCGGUGUUGUGUUGAAGAGGUUGGUUGACAGAGGUAUUGAAGUGUUAGAAGGUGGGCAAGUGGUCAGGAGAACUGGGGCGAGGAAUCCCCUGAGAAGUGUGUAUGUGCGGGAUCCUGAUGGGAAUUUGAUCGAAAUUUCGAACCCCACAGUAUAG